GUGUGAUAAUAUGAAACUUGUUUACUUAAGGAAGAGCUUACUGGAGAAGCUAUUAUCACAGCCUGGAAAUGUGAAGAUAAGGUGGUAGGAAGCUUUGUGAAACUCAAAAAGGACCCUAGAGAGAAGUUAUGGAAUCUUUCCUGCAAACUUGUACAAGUUAAAGGUAUAAAGAAACUCUCAAGUGGUGAAACCAAUACUGAAAUUCUUCUACAAGUUAACAACAUGGUAUCAGAUGUUGGCCUAUCCUUGUUGUCAGAUGAUGACAUCUCUGAGGAAGAAUGUGAGGGAUUGCGGCAACAAGUGAAAAAUGGUCUGCUUGAAAAACCAACUGUUGUUGAGUUUGAGCAGAAGGCCAGAAGUCUACAUGAAGAUAUAAUGAAGCAUUGGAUUGAGAUGGAGCUUGUCAGACUGCAGAAACUUGUGGAUUUUGCUAACAUCAAGGGAUGGAGAAGAGAGGUUGAUGAGUAUUUGGAACAAAGAGAACUGCUCAAAAAGCCGGAAGAGCAGGAGCGGUUGCUGAAGAAGUUGCCAACGAUCAUUUCCGAGGAUCUCACACAAAGCGAUCAGGAUUCCAAAAACAAACUAGAAGUGAAUGAGGGAGGGUAAGGGUGUUUUGUUGAUACAAAUUGGUCUGUUGAAACUGGAGAUUUUUGUCUGCAGCUCUUUUGUAGUUAAUUAUAUAGGCAGUAUUAUAGAAGUCAUGGCAUCCACUAGGAGUCUUUGGCUAGUGUUAGAACAAGUGUGGAAAAUCUCAUAUUCAACAAGUAUGUGCUCAAAUUCUUUAGAAUUGCAACUUAUACUUGCAUUGCUAAUGUUUUGGAUAGUCCAUGUAAAUUAUUCUUCUGGAUAGCUUUGUUUCUAUAUUUGGAUAUUUGAAGCUUGAAUCUGGUGAUCACAAAAUGAAGAUUUUAGUCGUGAACUGACUUCAUAGUGCUA